AUGGGAAACGCGGAUAUCAGCUCGGACACUCCUACCCAUGACGGCCAGGUGCUUGGUGAUUACAGCCGGCCACUCGGAAACACGGAGGAGAACUGGCUCCGAGCCGUGAAUGGAGGCACGGGGAACACGGUUGUGGGUGUCCUCGUCAGCAUGGAGGUGACGCGCGAGGCUUUGCAGAACGCGGUGAACAGCGUUCAAAAGAAGCAUCCCAGGCUGCUCUCGCAGCUUGUGUUCGUCAACGGUCGCCCGCACUUCCAGACGACCUCCAGUGGCGUUGUGGAGGUUGACGUGAUUGAGAAUAUUCCCGAGUCGAUCGCUGCGUCUAUUGACGGUAACGGGGAAGGCUCUGAGGAGUUUUUGGACGAUUCCUUCGAGAUCGGAAGGAGGUGUUCGAUCGAUGUUGGUGGUGGCAAGAUAGCUGCUGAAGAAGAGGGCAUGGAACGCAGCGAGUCGGGGCGAAGCGGGUUCAAGAUGAGUCUGUGCCAGGACCACUGGCUGAGAAUCGUUGAAUCCGCCAUGAAUGAGCCGUGGAAGUGUGACGAGACGUCCGUUGGAGAGGAAGCCGCGAGCCUCCUGUGCUUCAGGAUGUACAGGCUUCACGAGGGUCGUUCCUUGAUUCUUUUCCGUGCACACACAUCUGUGUGCGACCGCAAGUCUGCUGGGAUCAUCGUGGAGGAUCUCCUUUCCUUCCUUGAUGAUGAAGUCAAUGGCAGUGGAAGCCGCUCUGAUCUUGGCAGCGCAAACGAGUGCUCCGGAAAUGAGCCCAAUCCCGAGGACAAGGAUCAGUCUGCAAAGAUCCAGACGGCAGAGCUGCCAGUGCCAACUCUGAAGGAUGUAGAGAGCUGCAUCCCUCCAGAACUUUCCAGAAAGCCAUUCUGGGCUCAUGGGCUGGAUGUUGUUGGAUAUGGGCUGAACUCUCGGCGUUAUUCAUGGCUUCCGUUUCAUGAUUCCUCAUCAGAGCGUCAGUCUGCUCUUAUACGAUCUGGUCUCAGCAAGUCUGACACUGAAAGGCUCAAGCGGGCAUGUGAGAAGCACAACGUAACCAUUUUUGGAGCAGUGGCAUGUGCAGCACUGAAAGCCGUGGCCAGUGUGAAGGAGCUGGGUCGCAAGGGAGAACACUUUGCUGUCACCACGUUUUUGGACUGCCGUCCAUUGCUAUCCCAUGAGAUCACCUUGGACACUGUUGGGUUCUACCAUUCGGCCAUGAUGCAUACACAUCAAGUGAGCGAGACUUCUGGAUUCUGGGACCUUGCAAAGCGGUGCCAUGAGUCUACUCUGCAUGCCAUCAAGAAUCGAAAGCAUUACACUGACAUGGGUGACCUCAACAUGCUCAUGGCUCAGGCUAUUUUGCAUCCCCAGCUCACCCCAGAAAGCUCUUUGCGGACGUCCACUGUCUGCUCCUUCUUUGACGCCCUGCAUGAAAGGAUGCAGAAGGAGACGACCACUAAUGCGGAAGCCACGCCCACCCCCAUGGACGCAUCGGCCGCUGCUAACGACACUGAUUCCCCCGCCGCGGCCGCCGCCGCUACAGGAGAGGAUAAACCCGCCGCUGUAAAGGAUAAGCCCGCCGCAGAUGCUGCGCCUGCUGCGGCCGCUGCGCCUUCGCCUGCUGCGGCUGCGGCGGGUGCUGGUGCGGAGAGCAAGGAGGGAGAGGGUGGGGCGGCCAAGGGCGAAGCGGGCGAGGGAGAGAAGAAUGCCGCGGCUUUCAACGCCGCUACCCGCGCAGAGAUCCUCCGCCAGGUGGAGUACUAUCUGAGCGACAGCAACCUGCCGCGCGACCGCUUCAUGCAGGAGAAGCUGCAGGAGGGCAACGGAUUCGUGCCGCUGGCGCUGCUGUGCACGUUCUCCCGCAUGCGCAAGCACCUGGGCGUGCUCCCCGACGCGCCCGUGCCCGCGCACCUCGUGCGCGCCACCUACGAGGUGCUCCAGGCGUCCACCUUCCUCAAGUUCUCCGACGAUGGCAAGCUGGUUGGGCGCGAGGGGGAGGUGGCGAUGGGGAAGGAGCGCAUAGCGGAGAUCAACGCGCGCUCGCUGUACGCGGAGCCCUUCCAGUGGAACUCCACGCUCGACGAUAUCCACGCCUUCUUCUCCUCGCUCGGCCCGGUGAAGAGUGUGUGCAUGAGGCGCCACCCAGCGUCCAAGGCGUUCAAGGGGUCCGUGUACGUGGAGCUUGAUUCCGAGGACGCCAUGCGCCUAGUCGCCGCCAAGAAGGACGUCAGCUUCAACGGCGCCACCCUGCUGCUGCAGCCCAAGAACGAGUGGCUGCAGCAGGCGAGGGAGGAGUGGCAGAAGCGUGUUGCGGAGAAGGGAGAGGAAGCCGGGCGGUUCGAGGCAGAGGACGGCGACGUGGACCUGCGCCCGCCUGCCAAGGCGAGGCGCGUGGAGGAGGGCGGAGAGAGAGGCGCGGACGGGGAGGGCGCGCAGGGCGGAGAGGGCGCGGACGCGGAGGGGGGGGAGGAUGAGGAGGAGGAGGAUGCUUAUCCUAAGGGGUUGAUUCUGGGUUACACUGUCGUGGUGCCUGUUGGGGGUGAUGGGGAUGGAGAUGGGGAGAAGGGGAAGGGGGAGGAUGGGAAGAAGGAAGAAGAGGAGAAGAAGGGAGAGGAGGGGAAGAAGGAAGGAGAGGAGAAGGCGGAGGAGAAGAAGGAAGGGGAUGAAGAGAUGACGGAUGCAGCAGGGGUGGAGAAGAAAGCGGAAGAGGAAGGGAAGAAAGCAGAGGAGAAUGUAAAGGAAGGGGAAAAGGCGAAGGAAGGAGAGAAGGUGGAAGGGGCAACAGAGGGGAAAGCGGAUGAGAAGAAAGAAGAGGACGAGAAAAAAGAUGGGGAGAAGGCAGAAGAGAAGGCAGAGGAUAAGCCAGAGGAGAAGGCGGAGGGGGAGAAGAAGGAUGCGGAGGGGGAGGCUCUGGGCAAGAGGAAGCGGGAGGAGCGUGUUGUGGCAGAAGGGGUGACCCGAGAGGAGUGCCGCUUCGUGUUUGAAAAGUUUGGCAUCGUUAAGUUUGUGGAGUACAAGGCUGGGGACCUGACUGGCUUCAUCCGCUUUGAGACGCCUGAGGGGCCCAUCAAGGCCAAUAACAAGGCCAAGUCGGCGCCUGCUGCGCUCACCAUCAAGGGCUAUCCUGUCACUGUCAACAUUCUCGAUGGGGAGGAGGAGGCAGCGUAUUGGAGCAAGCUGAGGGACGGGCAGAAGAAGCGCAAGGACUUCGGGGGGGGCAGAUUCGAGGUGGUGGCCGGGGGUGGAGGGGAGGCAGGGGUGGCGGGAGAGGAGGGCGGGGGAGAGGUGGAGGUCGGUGGGGGAGGAGAGACGGGCACGGUGGAGGAGGUAGGGGAGGUGGCGGAGGGGGGAGGGGAGGAGGAGGGGGAGGAGGGAGGGGGGUGA